GGGUCUUUUUGAGCAUUUCGGCUCAGUAACCUGGAACAGUCACACCAGCAGCCUGGAACCUGUCGAACAUGUUCAGUCUGAUCAAGCUGCCUCUUGUCUUCAAUGUACACCAAAUUCCUAAAGCCUUCCAGGAGGACUGUAUUAUCUCUGGGUAUCGUCACCCUCGCAGCUCUGCUACUGAUUGCGUUCUCAGCCUGUUCCAGCUCACCAACGAGACUCUCAAUGUCUGGACACACUUCUUACCCACCUGGUAUUUUCUGUACAAGCUGUUGGCGGUGGUCUUUAUGCAGGAUGUGUGGACCGACACGUACACAUGGCCACUGCUGGUCUUCCUGUUGUCCUGCUGCAUGUACCCACUGGCAUCCAGCUGUGCUCACACAUUCAGUGCCAUGUCCACACGUUCCCGUCACAUCCUCUACUUCUUUGACUAUGGAGCGCUCAGUCUAUACAGCUUGGGUUCAGCUAUUGCCUACUCUGCAUACGUUUUACCAGAUGCAUGGCUGAACAGUGUGUUUCACAGAUGUUACGUUCCUGUGGCAGUACUCAACACUGUGAUAUCUGUUACCAUGGCCUGUUACUCCAGGCUUGGCUUCACUCCAUACACUAAUCCUGACGCUGUGAACAGGUUUGCUGAAAUCAAAAGACCUGGCUUGGCCAAAGUGCUGCGCAUUUUAGCUUUCUCCUACCCCUACCUGUUUGACAACAUUCCUCUCUUCUAUAGGAUCUUCCUGUGUGUGGGAGAAGGCUGUACUGCAGAUGAAGUCAACACACUCCACGUUUAUCACACACUCCUGGCUUUCCUCACAGGCUUUCUGUUUGCCACACAUCUGCCUGAGAGGCUGGCACCUGGACGUUUUGACCUGAUAGGCCACAGCCACCAGCUGUUCCAUGUGUGUGGGAUCAUUGGCACACACUUCCAAAUGCAGGCCAUACAGAUGGACAUGGCUUUGAGACGGCCAUGGCUGCAUGUUCAUGCUCCUGCCAUUACCUUCACAGGGACUCUGGGAGCCACCAUGCUUUCCAUUCUCAUUAUCCUGGGCAUCAUCUACUUCUUCAGUUAUUCUCUCUUUCACAGCCCUGUUCGGGGAAAAGCAACUGGAAAAGGGUCCAGUGCAGCAAAGGAGAACUGAAGGCACUAACUGGAGCUUUGUGAGUUCUCACUGGAAGUUUGGAACUGAUUGAAUGGAGGGCUAUAACAAGAAGAGCGCUUUGGCUUAAAGCAUCAGAAAAUGCACAAGGGGUUUGAGUCAUGUCUGAAAACUGAAGGAAUAAUCUAGCAUUUUUCAACCUAAACUUAAUCUACUGUGCAGGCUUGAACAAGAAUGUGGACGUUUUUCUCGUCUGAGAAAAGAAUGGAAAACUUGAGUACUCAACUUAUAACGGAAAUCUAGAGCAAAUCAAUGUUUAUAAUAGAAUGCAUAUUUUUGUAGACUGCUCUCAUGAAUUUGACAAAGAUCCAUCCAUCCAUUAUCUGUAAUCGCUUAUCCUAUACAGGGUCGCAGGCAAGCUGGAGCCUAUCCCAGCUGACUAUGGGUGAGAGGCAGGGUACACCCUGGACAAGUCGCCAGAUCAUCGCAGGGCUGACACAUAGAGACAAACAACCAUUCACACUCACAUUCACACCUACGGUCAAUUUAGAGCCACCAAUUAGCCUAACCUAAUGUGGGGGAAACCGGAGCACCCGGAGGAAACCCACACAGACACGGGGAGAACAUGCAAAUCCCACACAGAAAGGCCCCUGUUGGCCGCUGGACUCGAACCCAGAACCUUCUUGCUGUGAGGCGACAGUGAUAACCACAACACCACCGUGCCGCCCUUUGACAAAGAUAUCUGUAAAUUAACCUCUAAAUCUUUAUAACUCAACUUUUAAAUAUGAGACUUCUCUUUUUUAAUUUAAAAAAAAGCUGUGUUGCUGUGGUGAACAUAGAAAUGCUUCCGUUUCCACCUGAUAUGGCUGCCACAAAACUCAGUGGCGAACUGUUACUAUUAGAGCUGGCACUUCAGACACCAAAAAAACAACAAGGCAAAGGAUUUUGCAAAGGAUUAGUGGCAGGCUGCCAGGCAGCUCCAUUGUGUGUAGAUGUCGAUGUUGAUUUUAAAAGUAACUAAGUAAAUUACACAGGGAAAUGAAUACUUAAAUCUGAGUGAAAAAUACUGUGGCGAGCGUGCAGUGUGCAAGAAGAGUCUGGAGACAGAAAUAUUAGUUUCUCAGUCGUUAGCCUGUGCUACUUGCUCUUGAUAGCACUGGCUUGACCACUUUAUUAGCAUUCACUAACACUGCUGAUGAAUGCUACACCGGGUGGAAGGUGACUUCACUGCUGCGCUGAUGGUGCCGAUUUGCAGUUAAGCUAGCGUUGGCAUUCGAGAAGGCCGAGGGUGAUUAAAUUUUUGGUUCUUCUCACUAUGAAUCAAAAUCUGAUUGGUUAAUUCAUCUGUCCCAUGGCCUUCUGUCCAGCAAUGAAGUCCUAACCAAUGAGUGAGCCAGCUCUAAACUCUUCUCAGCCUAAAGACAACAAACAAAAAAAAUCUCAUUGAAUAACUCGAUUUUAAUGUUUUCAGGACAGUAACUCUUUCAUUUCUGAAACAAAUUUGAUAGAAAAUGAGGCCGAAUUGGAAUUAGAAGAGAGUAAUUAUAAUGAAAUUAUGAAAGAAUGAAAUAAAUUAAAUGUAACACUUGAAAUGUUGAUAUGUUUGGACCUUCUCUGAAGACCUAGAAGGCCCUGAUGAUUCCCCUCUGACAAAAUCAUUGGGAAUGUAUAACAGGACAACCUUCUUACUUUAUUCAUCCUAAGAUCUUGUGUGUAACAGGUGUUGCUUUUCAAUGCAGUUUACAUUAUACAGGCUCAUAUUGCAAACAUUCAACUGCUCUUAGACUUUCGUUAUAAGUGAGUUGUUAUUAUUAAGCAGUACAGGUAAGUGUGUCGGAAAUUGUGUGUUUUGGAAUUGCACAUCGAAUACAAAAGUAGUAGCUGGAGCUUAGGUUAAAAACACUGGAGUAUUCCUUUACUGAGGCUGCAUUGGAGGUAAUUUAUUAGAAAUAUGCAAAGUAUAUUGUGUGUGUGUGUGUGUGUGUGUGUGUGUGUUAUAAGUGUUUUCAGAGGUACAUGAUUGUCAAUGCUGUUCAUCUCGGGCCUUGGUGCCUCACACACUAUUUGUGAUGUACACACAGCAUUCAUGAAGUAUAAGCAAUCUCAGGAAGCAGAAAAGAGUGAGGUUUGUGUGUGUAUAUGUGGAUGCAUAUAUGGACGUGUGUGUGUGUGUUUUCCAGUUUUUGAGCAUUCAUAUACGGUAUAUGAUGCAUUCUAGUCCCAUUUCAAUUCAAUCCUGGCUUCACAAUUCAAUUCCAAUCAAUUCUCAGAAUAUUUCUGAAUGAAUACGUGUUCCAGCAUGAUGGUGCCAGUGUGCACAAAGUGAGCACCAUGAAGAUGUGGUUUGAUGAGGCUGGUGUGGAAAAACUUGAGUGGCUUUCACAGAACCCUGACCUCAACUCCACUGAACACCUUUAAGAUGACAUUAAAUGCCAACUGCACCCCAGGCCUCCUCACCCUCGCUUAACCCCAUUAAUGCUUUUGUGGCUGAAUGAGCACAAAUCCCAAAGUCUAGUGGAAAGCCUUCCUUGAGGAGUGGAGGGUAUUGUACCAGCGGUAGGGGGAUUAAAUCUUGAAUGGGAUGUUCAACAAGCACAUAGGGGUGUGAUGGUCAGGUGCCCACAAACUUUUGGCCAGGUGCAGCAUAAUGCACAUGGAUCCUGCCGUAAAAUAAAACAAAUUAGUGGUGAGAGAGAUAGCAUGCAGUGGAUAUAGCAUGAGUAUCAUUGAUGUGGUGCCAAAAGCUAAUGAGUUUUUAGUGAUAAUUUUGUCAAUUAUUUGUAAUGUAAAUGCCUUUAUAAUAAAAAUGUCACAGUUUUAUAAUGAUUGAAAAAA